CCUUUAAGGAAGGAUCAUGUGAUGUUGGCGGCGUGACGCAGACCCGGAAGUAGAGCCGCUGUUAUUGCUGCAGAGUUAUGGCCUCACUCCUCCACUGCUAGUGGAAAUGUGUGGUGUUUUCUGUCGUUACGGUAACAACGCAACGUGCGUUGUGUUUUUUGGCACCUCAACAGUGGACUAAAAUAUUUGCACUUUUAUCUCUACCUUUUCAGAAAAUGGUUGUAACCGCCACGUGGCUUAAGUUUAGGUUCAAGACUGAACUUGUGACAUGCGCCGUAGCUUGUUUUGUGUAGCUAUAAUAGAGACGGCUUCAAUUGAAGAGAAUUGAUGAGAAUGGCUUUUGCCGUGGGUGCUGUUUUUUUCAAUCUGAGAUGUAGUCUCAGAAAAGCGGCCUCAUUCACAAGAGUCAGAUUUUGUCCAAAGUCAAGUUCGUGCUUUGUAAAGAGAAGCCACUGUUUAUCUCAGAUACCCAAGGUGACGCUGCUUUGCUGGGGUGCAGUAAAUGCAGCAUCAUUGACAGCCAGGUGCCAGGAAGCCACUCUUCGACCCCAAACCUCUGAUAAAAAGACUAUAGCCAAACUUCAAGUGCACAAAUUAGUGUUUUAUAUUCGCCUCAGCCUCCGCGCAUUGAUUCUGCUCCUCAAGUUUGGACCUCUACUCCUCCUGUCCCCAUUGACUCUGCUGUCCACUUACUGGGCAUCUCACUGGCUGGACGCUCUGCUGUGGGUGACUGAGACCUCUGGUCCUACUUUUAUUAAGCUGGGCCAGUGGGCCAGCACCAGACGAGACAUCUUUUCUCAGCAGUUUUGUGAACGCUUCUCUAAACUUCACAUCCAAGUGCGUCCUCAUUCUUGGCCCCACACCAAGCAGUGUCUCCGCAGGGCCUUUGGGGACAGUUGGAGGGAUGUCUUGGUCUUUGAGAGUAAAGAGCCAGUAGGUUCAGGAUGUAUUGCCCAGGUGUACAGAGGCUGGGCCAAGGCUGACCGAGUGGAGGAUCCAACCUUCAAAUCGUUGGUGGAGGACAUGGAAAAGGAAGACUUGUUGAAAGCCUGGGAGAUCCCUGGAUUUAAAGUGGUGGCCAGUUCAUUUCAGCAGCUGUGGAACGGUAACAAGGAUAAAGAGAGCUGUAAAGAGAAAAGCUAUAAACAUGGUCAGUAUAACGCAAGCAGUAGAGAGAAGGAGCAUCUUAUACCAGUUGCAAUCAAGGUGCUUCACCCAGGCGUCAGGCAGCAGGUAGAGAUAGAUCUGUUGCUGAUGAAAGCAGGCAGUUGGCUUUUGCACUGUGUUCCAUCACUGAAAUGGCUCAGUCUGUAUGAGAUUGUAGAAGAGUUUGAGAAGCUCAUGACCAAACAGAUUGAUCUCCGCUUUGAGGCCAGGAACAUGGAACAUUUUCGUGAUAAUUUCCGUGAUGUUGAUUUUGUGAAAUUCCCAACUCCUUUGCGACCAUUCGUCACUAGAAGUGUUUUAGUGGAAACCUUUGAAGAGAGUGAGCCCAUUUCAAAGUACCUGAAAUCUGACAUUCCGCAAGAGUUGAAACAGAAAAUCGCCAGGAUGGGUGUAAACUUGUUACUGAAAAUGGUCUUUGUUGACAACUUUGUCCACGGGGACCUGCAUCCUGGGAACAUUCUGGUCCAGUAUCAGGGAACUCUUUCUGAUCUCUGCAACAGUGGUGACAAUCAAUUGAAACCUGAGGGCAAGACUGCCCUCACUGACUUAUGGGACACAGUUGUUGUCAGCGUCAGACCAGAACCAUUUCCUCUUCAGUUGGUGUUACUGGACGCUGGCAUCAUCGCUCAGCUCAGUGACCACGACCGUGCCAACUUCAGGGCUGUGUUCACUGCUGUGGUGCUGCGGCAGGGUGAAAAAGUUGCAGAGCUGAUUUUGCAUCACGCCCGAGCAAAUGAAUGUCAAGAUGAGCCACAGUUCAAGAAGGAGAUGGCCCAGUUAGUGGACCACGCUGUCGGCAACACUCUAUCCUUGGAAAAGAUCCAAGUGGCUGACUUGCUCUCCCAGGUCUUUGGUCUGCUCAUGAAACACAAGGUGAAGCUGGAGAGUAAUUUUGCCUCAAUUGUAUUUGCCAUCAUGGUGCUGGAAGGUCUGGGCCGGUCCCUGGAUCCAAACCUGGACAUCCUGGAUUUGGCGAAGCCUCUGCUGCUGAAGAACUGUACCUCACUGCUCUGACACACAAACUCUGGUUGGUUCACUCACAGGCACCAACCUGCACAGUGUAAACUCAGAGGGCAGCUACUUAUAGAAUACAUUUGUCUUCCUGAUUAGUGUUUCUAAUGGGUACAAAUUACAGGCUACAUGUGAACAGUCUCUUUACGUAUACCUCAUUUAGUUUUGUACGGUUGACUCUUGUAUUUUAGGCAUGAGGCAAUGACAAGGAUCCUUAAGGUCCAAUCACAGGAGAUUUUUAUCAGGGUAAUUCAGAUGACUUAAAAGAACAGUUCCACUUUAAAUGCUUUAUGUCUGGAGCAUUUGCCUUUAUAGAAUCAGACAGAGCAGCAUGAACGUAUCAUCUCGGAGUUAAAAUCUGAAGCAGAAUAAAAUUCAAUUUUUAAUGCUUAAUUAUCUUUAUCUUAAUGUUUUUUAAUUAUAAUUUUGACUACAAUACAAAAGAAACAGUGAGAUGUUUUUAUGUUUUUGUACUGUAGUAAACCAAAAAUGUGCAAAACUUUACUUAUUAUCUUUUUUAUUUUCAUAGUAAUAGGUGACAGUUAUUGGAAAUGGAGUAUAGUAUAUUGAUGAAUUCAACAACAAAAACAACAAAGAAAGAAAAACAAAUAUACAACUACAGAUCCUACUGUGUGCAUUGUAUUUUAAGAGAUGAACAUCGCAACUUAUUCAAAAGGUGAUCACAAAUUUACUUUAGACCGUAUCCAUGAACACCUUAGAUUCUUACGUAUCUCCAAUUGCCCUGCUUCAAUGUAAGCCUGUCAAUCAAAGAGUGGGAACAGACGUGUGAACAUAGAGUUAAAUAUAAAGGGAAUGUGCAUCAAAUAAUUUAUCUUUUUUUUUUUUGUCUCUAGAUCUCUCACUCUAGAGUGUCUUUAGAUCACAGACGUUUUAUUCAGUAAUAUAUGAAGGAUGUGUACUGAUGAAACAGAAAAGUCACCACACCAAGGCCACGGGAUCCAAUAAAUUACAAUUUUAUUAAAUCUGUCAAUGAAAAACAAAGACAAGAGACUUGAAUCUGCCAGAACAGUCAGCAUGGCUGAAAUAGUGAGAUCAGGAGGUUUUGGUGGGGAAAAAUAAUUAAAAUCAAAUAAAACAUCCACUUGUUAUUGCAAAA